AUGGCUCCGACAUCUGUUUCGGCUCUGGGUAUGGCCCUGAACGGCAAGUCCGCAUCCGUCGACAUACCAAAGCCUCGCGAUGCCCUCAAAGGCCGGGACAACUUCACUGCUGUAACGGCCGGUUCCUCCUCUAAGAAGCACUCUGGCAUGUUGCCAACUCCUCCAAACUCCAUCUCGCCGAACCUCCCGCCGCGUGGCCAUGGCCGUCGUCGAGACAGCAACCAGCAUGGUCCCAUGUCUCCCAAGAGCACGGCGGUGGAUUCGGACAUCGACUUGCAAGAUGCGCCUGACAACCUGAAACCUACCGCGUUGAGCGCCGAAGCCCUUGACAGUUUGGGUGACCUGGACUCGGCUGGCGCCAUCACUCCUAGCAUGCUGGCAAAACACCAUCUCCCCGACAUCUUGUUGUCUCACGGGCCCCUGGCCAUUAGGCACAUCAUGGGCUAUUUGACAACCUCGGUGCCCGGCUUCUCGCGCAUCACUUCGGCUAAAGCGCGUCGCUUGGUCGUGGCGGCCCUUGAAGGCAAAGGGGGCGGUGUGGAAGGCGCCGGCCGCGAUGGGGACGUCAUAUUCGAGAAGGUCGGAUGGGGGCGUUGGGACGCUCGGAUGAAGGGUCAACCGCCGCGCGAGCGUCAAGGCGCUACCAUCACUCCGCCAGGCAGUUUACCAUCAUCCUACUCCCAGCCAGGCCUUCAGGUACCUACCCACCGGUCCUGGCAUACGGGAUCUGAAAACCUGGGGACUAGCUACACCGGCAACUCCGCUGUCUUCUCCCACUCCGAAAUGGAGUAUGAGGAUCAAGACAUGCUGGAGCAUGAAGCCGAUAAGAUGUCCUUAGACAACGACGACGAUGGCUACGUCUCGUCCGUUGCCCCUGAACCUCUUGAUGAAGACCUCGGAGACGGGGAGAUGACGGACGAAGAGGACUGGGCCAGUAUUGGAGCCGCAGCACUUCGAGCCAGAUCUCUCCCCAACCAAGGCCGAUCGGUUUCUGGUCCGGGCAGACUCUAUCAGCCCAUCGCGACAUACUCUUAUCGGCCAAGGUAUCGCUCCAAAACGCCAGGCGAUGUCGCCCACACCGCUCCAACCAAACCCAUGCCAGUCAACCACUCGACGACUUUUGCAUUUCCCACCGGGGCUGGCGUUAAUGACUCCCAGGAACGAGCUGCAAUUGAAGCUCUCCUGAGUCUGGGAUCUAUGUAA